AUGUUUGAGAAACUAUCUUUGGCCAUGGAAAAGGCCAAGAAUUCUAGAAAGGGGUGCCUUAAUGUCACUUCCGAGGAAAUAGAGAGCCUGGUAUGCCCAAUCAAGUUUAAUUCAGACGAAUGCAUAGAAAUAAUGUGCAGGAACUGUAAAGAGUUUGACUAG